AGCGUUUUUGCCCAAGUAGCUGACGCCUGGCUGCUGACCCCAGCCAAUCUUGCAGCAUGCAGGGAGACGGUGGCGGUGAUGGCUACGGUGACCAGCAGGGGAAUGGCUAUGACCCCGAGGCCAAAGAGGCCAAUGCGGUCAAGGAGGUGAAGGAGAGCAAGACAGAAGAGACAGAAGAAGAGGAAGCUGAUGAAGCUGAAGAGGUCAAGCCGGAAGCUGAUGAAGCUGAAGAGGUCAAGCCGGAAGCUGAUGAAGCUGAAGAGGUCAAGCCGGAUACUGGCAAAGACAGUGAGAAAAAGGUUCCCGACCCCCGGCCACACCUCAACAUUGUUUUCAUUGGCCACGUGGAUGCAGGCAAGUCCACCACAUGCGGCAACAUUUUGUUCUUGUCUGGCAUGGUGGAUGAGCGCACGAUUGAGAAAUACAAGCAGGAGGCCGCAAACAAGGCAGGUGAAAGCUGGUUCUAUGCAUUCAUCAUGGACACAAGCGAGGAGGAGAAAAUCAAGGGCAAGACUGUUGAGGUUGGCCGGGCAGCCUUCGAGACGGUCAACAAGCGUUUCACCAUUUUGGACGCACCAGGGCACAAGUCCUACGUGCCGAACAUGAUUGCAGGAGCAUCAGCAGCAGAUGUUGGCGUCCUCCUCAUCUCCGCCCGCAAAGGCGAGUUUGAGACGGGCUUUGAGAAGGGCGGGCAGACUUGCGAGCACGCGCUGCUCGCUAAAACGCUCGGAGUUGACAAGCUGAUUUGCGCCAUCAACAAGAUGGAUGAUCCUACAGUGGAGUGGGACGAGAAACGGUACAACGAAAUCUACAAGAAGCUCUCCACCUUUCUCAAAAAGAGUGGCUACAAGGAGGACCAAAUGAUCUUCUUGCCAAUGUCUGGCCUCAUGGGGGACAACAUCAAAGAGAGAAAGGGCACACCUGCCUGGUUCACGGGUCCGACGCUGCUCGAUGCCCUGGACGGCAUCAAUGUGGCUCGAAAGGCAGAUGGCGCAGUCAGAAUUCCGAUGAUGGAAGGCUACAAAGACAUGGGCGCUGUAACAGCAAUCGGAAAAGUUGAGCAGGGCACCAUCAAGCCAGGCAUGAAGUGCCUUGUCAUGCCAACCAACAACAAGUGCACUGUGACCUCGGUGUUCAUCAACGAUGUGGACAUGCAGUUCGCCACGUGUGGUGAGAACGUUACUCUCAAGAUGUCAGGGAUUAGUGAUGAGGAGUUGAAGAAAGGCUACGUCCUUUGUUCAGACAAGAGCCCAAUCCCAGCAGUCACCAAGUUCAAGGCCACAAUCCACCUCAUCGAGUUGGGCCCAGAUCGGCCAGUCAUGACUUCUGGGUACGUGGCAGUCAUGCAUGCUCACACAACAAGCGAGGAGUGUGAAAUCCUGAAGCUCUAUGAAACUAUGGUGAUUCAAACCAAGAAGAAGGAGAAGAACCCGCAGUUUGCCCGGCCCGAUUCUGUGGUGGUUUGCAGCAUCAAGCUUGCCAGGCCAACUGCGGUGGACACCUUCGAGUCUUCAAAGCAGCUGGGGCGCUUCACUCUGCGGGUGGAUGGGAGGACAAUUGCGAUCGGAAAGAUCACUGAGCUGCCCAAAUCUGCAAGCACAGACUAAGCGGAAGGAGCCCGACUGAUGCCAGCCCGACGAAACACCAGCCAAACGAGAGCUGAAGACUUGUGUUCCUCACAAUGUGAUUUUGGGAGCACCUACCAGGGGCAUCGCACUUUGACGUGCGCAAAGCAGUGGAUAGGAUUCAUAGUAGGAUCUGCGUCGUGUCAAAACAUGUGCAUGUC